GAAGAGGCAGACAGAUCGACCUCCUUCGAAACUAGCGGCCCUCUAUCUCUCUCUGCUUCAAGGAAAUCUUUUUCCCACUCGAUUCCUUCUGCCAGACUUUUUCCAAGAGGUUUCCACAUUUGGCAGUGUUGAGUGAUCCGAGCAGAGAUGGGGCUUACCUUCACUAAGCUGUUCAGCAGGCUGUUUGCCAAGAAAGAGAUGAGGAUUCUGAUGGUAGGUCUUGAUGCUGCUGGUAAGACUACAAUACUGUACAAGCUCAAGCUUGGAGAAAUUGUCACUACUAUUCCUACCAUUGGCUUUAAUGUUGAAACUGUGGAGUAUAAGAAUAUUAGCUUCACCGUGUGGGAUGUUGGUGGCCAGGACAAGAUCCGUCCAUUAUGGAGGCACUACUUCCAAAACACACAGGGUCUUAUAUUUGUGGUGGAUAGCAAUGACAGGGACCGAGUUGUUGAAGCUAGGGAUGAGCUGCAUAGGAUGUUAAAUGAGGAUGAACUGCGAGAUGCUGUGUUGCUAGUGUUUGCUAACAAGCAGGAUCUGCCCAAUGCAAUGAAUGCUGCAGAAAUUACUGACAAGCUUGGCCUCCAUUCUCUCCGCCAGCGCCAUUGGUACAUCCAGAGCACUUGUGCUACCUCUGGGGAGGGCCUUUAUGAAGGGCUGGAUUGGCUUUCCAGCAACAUUGCUAGCAAGGCAUAAGGCAAGAAAUCAAUUUGUUCGCUUGCUGCUUGGAUAAUUGUGGGAUUCAAGGACUGAUACUAUCUUUGCUUUAUGUGAGACUGAAACAUGGUAGUGACCAUACUGUUUUGCCCAUUUUUCAUUCUGUAUCGUAACUAUGAUGUAGCAGAAGUUGCUUUUAAAGCUCUUCUUUGGCUUGAUUUUUAGCUGCUUGCUUUAAAUGUAGAUGCUUUGUUAUCGUUUGAAACUUAUAAUAACUACUGUCAUUCAACUUGCAAAAGUGGUACGUGCCUCAUCCAACUUGGAAUUGACGAA